UCCUUUCGUCACGAACACUCAGGCUACCCCCUAAAACUGUCUGUCAUUAAUAGAACCUCCCCCUAAGUAGGCUAAACGAAGUUGUAAAAGUAUUUAGGAGUUAAAAACAAUACAGGCAAUGUUCUGGUUACUUCUGCUGAUCGGAGCUCUUCCCAUCUCGGAUGGGCUGAAGGUGUUUGAAUUCUGCUCUGGAAAGAAGUUCAACAUUCCAGCCCCCAUCAUGUCCCGUGUGCCUCUCCUUGCUGGCAUAUAUUUCACCCCCAUCACCACCACCACCCCUGGGGCUAAAAUGCUGAUGGUGAUGAAUAGGACUCAGUCCCUGGACCCACACUAUCAGUACAAGGAUGAAACCAUCUUCAUUUCAGAAUUGACAGACAGAGACCAGGGGACUUUUUCAUGGUCACAUCACGAUUCCACACAGUUAAAUGACUUUCUUAAACUUGUGCUGAAAGACUGCUCUGAGCAUAUGAAUGUGUACUACGGAGACACGAUUGAGAUCUUCCCACCGAGACGAGCCGUUGUGCUGGAGUUCUCAUCCUCUCGGACGCCUUCUGUCCCACAAGUAGUGUGGAGAAGAGGACGAACUGGACAGGUCAAGGACCGGUGGUCUAUAAACACCGCCACCCCGUACCAUGAGGGCAACUAUACGGCACGCACUCACAGUGGGGUGGAGCUACGGAAGACCCAGGUCACUGUGAUUGCAAGGACUCUCCAAGCCAUCAUAGGAGAAGAGAAGUCUUUGACGUAUCUCUUGCCCAUCCCAGCAGGCACGGCAUCCAUCAGAUUCACAGACCGCUCAGGCAUGGAGCACGUGCUUUACCAGGAGGGCAGAGAGAGCCUGGACACGUUCCACUUGUUUAAUGGUCGGUUCUCACUGCAGAAUCAGCCCCUGGGUUCUAAGAUCCAGAUCCGUGACGUCAGAUCAGGCGAUGCAGGAACCUACAAGGUCCGAGACAUAAAUGGCUCUCUGGUUAUUAGUGCGGAGUUGGAGAGUAUGACGAUUGCAGCCAGUGAGAAGACCCCUCCUCGCUUCCCAGAUGUAGAACAUGAACAUGAACAUGAACAUGAACAAUAUGAUGAAGACGAAGCAUACGAAAACCCUCCAUCCUUCCACUAUUUACAUCUAACACUUGGUCUCAUGCUCUUCAUCUUUUUUGUGCUCUGCUGCUGUGUGUGCAAGUGCUGCUGUAGAAGAAGCAGCCGCACCGCUAAAGUGCCCAGCACCCUCGACCACAGCCCACCCCCGUACAAUGAAUGUCUACCACCUGUGCCAAGGAGUGCGCUGAUUGAUGACUUCACACACAGACCUCCAGCCCUUGAUACACAGUUGCUGUCCACCUCACAAUGCCCUUUCGCCUCCAACCUUUCACCCGAGUUGGAUGCAGGACCUUGCUUCCAGCCUAAGAGGAAGCUGGGAGACUCGCUCGAUUUCCUGUCCACGAAUCCACUGAGCACAGACACACUCCCUGCCGCCACCUACACCUCCGCAAAACUCAGUUUCCUCUAGAACAAGACCAGCGACUCCAGUUAGUACAGAUUGCACUACCACCAACACUCGACCACAGAAUGACCAGGACCAGGGCUGAGUACACCCGAUCUGCAUCGGCUGUGUGUCAGCCACAGGGACCAAAAGUUUUGCAUUUACAGCAAAGAUACAUUUACAUGCCAUACAUACACACAUGUUCACAAUCUCAAAAGAUGUAUUGGUGCUUCAUCAGUUAACUUUUUGUCGUAAAUUAGGUCAACAGAUGUUGUAUGUACUGUAUUUUAAAGGGCAUCUGAUAGAUAUCCUGUGUUCCACACUUAGUGGAUGAGACAGAUAAGGACUCAAGCUCAGGUGGUGUGUAAAUACUGUAGGCUAUUUGACAGAUAUUUAUUGUUUUAUUAACUGUGUUAAGUUUACUCUAAUUUAUGCAUGUUAGGGGGACUGUGGAAAGAACACACAACCUGGGUCAGUAUUCCUUUAUGUUGUGGCCACCAUUUUAUGUAAGGCCAUUUCAGAGAGUUGAUUUAGUUAACCUAAAGGCACCUAGUGUUAAAACCUAAUAACGUUUGUGUUGAUAUCACUACGGGUUGUCUUGUGUUGAGUUGAGCCUUAACUCUCAUGUCUCUCUAGGUCUGAUGUUAUUUUUUUUAAAGAAACUAAUUUAGCAGUUGAAAACAACAUAGCAGAAACAGAUGCAUAGAUAGGAAGAUUCUGUUUUUGUUUGCCAAUUUCAGUCAUCAUGUGUAAUCCUCUUUCCACUAACAAGUGAAUACUUACGGUGCAAACAUUUCAGGGAAGAUCACAUAAAAUGCAGUAGUUGACUGUUUCCAAUGUUAAUAAUUACACAUUGACUACAAAUAAUGUGUGUUGCCUAUCCCCUCUCCCACAGUACUUCAGAGCUGCUUCAGGGAUUGCCGUAUGUAGUGUGUCCCACUAGUGCAGAAGUACUUCUAGGCUAUAUCUCAUUCCGCCUACUUUCGUCAGUGCACUGACCACUUACUGCCGUAAUGCCCAUGCACUUUCAAUGAUUAGUAUUGUCCCAAAAUGAACACUUUCGUUAACACACUUACAGGAAAUGACAGGCGGAAUGAACGUUACAAACGUGACGUGCUAGGUAGCUAGGUAGCAUUAACAUGUAAGGUUAUGUUAACUCUCCCAAUGAUUGUUGGCUUUAGUUAGUGAUGGCAUGUAAUAAAUGCAUUAGACGACAGUUAACGUUUCGUUUUUCUGCUGUAAUACCAUAGAGUUAACAUGUAUAACGUGCUCAUCCCCAGUGGCUGGCUGGCUGGCUUUAACAUGCUAGGUAGCUAGGUAGCAUUAACCUGUAACUUUUAGGCUAAUUAACUCGCCAAAUAAUUAUGUCGGCUUCAGUCAGUGAGGGACAUGUAAGUGAUGCAUUAGACAACAGUACAAUGUCUCGUUUUACCACCAUUGCUUACAUUUAAACAUGACAGCAGAGACAACCGGAGCUGCAACGACACAGGCUCGGCUGAAUUGUCCGCCAUUGUUCUCAAAUUUGAAAAACCUCCAAGACGUCCCUGGUCCCUCCCCUUCCGCUUUUUAGUCAAGAUGGCGUCCAUUUAGUGGGAGUAGGGUCCAUGUAUCCACACUGAACUUUUUGACCGUUUUUAGGGGGUCAUCCGGGUACCUUCAGUGCACUGACUUUUUGUGUUAUCUACACUACCUACUUAAAAUUAAGUGUUCGAAGGGUAGAGUAGGAGGAAUGAGACAUAGCCCUAGUCUCUAUCUGAUCUCACUCCAUGCCAGCCCGUCUUGGUAGUCGGUGGCACAAACUGUAAUACACCAAUCUUAGUAUAUCUCUCUUCUGCUGUGGAAGCAUUCAUCCCAAAGGUGUUGGCUUGAGGCCAGGCCUCUCUACAGGCCAGUCAAGUUCAUCCACACCAAACUCUGUCAUCCAGGUCUUUAUGGAUCUUGCUUUGUGCACUGGUGCACAGUCAUGUUGGAACAGGAAGUGGCUAUCCCAGGUUAAACUAGAAAAGCACUCAGAGAGAGCAGGGGCCUGUACUACGAAGCGGGGUUACUGGCUUAGCUGGGUAUGCUGCCAUGGCAAUUUACGCUGCAUCUCAAACCUGCUCCGAGCAGGUUAUGUUCUUGGUUAGCCCGAGAUUUGCGGUUAAUCACACCCUUUAUAGGCGAAGUACCACCCCACAAUGUCGAUGUAGGUUACCUGGGAGAUUAAAUUGUAAGCGGCUCUCUUCGCAAGGCGAGGGUUUUUAAAGACCGCCGAUCUUUCUCCAUUUGUAGAAUAUUCUCUACGAAAGAUAUACAUUCUCAGCUGAGGGAAUUUGCUGCAUUUGUCAGCUGAUCAAGGCAAAGUGGAGGCUAAGCAUAGGCAAUAGGCCUAUAACAUAUUUUCAUAAUUAAGAAAUAAUAAUACAAGCUAUAACAAGGCCUAUUAACCUGAAUGUUCACCUGCUGCCAGUGGCACUGCCGUUGCAUCUAAAAUGUUCACAGGAUAGGCAUACACUAAAUCAGUCAAUGGGGCUAAACAUUAAAUUAUCCUUAUUAAUCUACAUGGCAUGAAUUGUGUUGCAUCUGUAGGACUCUUAUGAACUCAAAAUGUAUUUAUUUCAACACAUUUCAGACAUUCCGCAAGCUAUUAAUCCUCCGUAACACAUAGGCUAUUUAAGGAACAUGAAAUAAAACUUUACUUUCAUAUAUCCGAUCUGCAAUACGUUGCCAACAGCCUUGUCUUGCUUUGUUUGCUGCCGACGUAUUUGUUCUGUGUCGUAGAGUGGGUUUUAAUUCCUCGCAACUUUUUAUAAUCAUUGCGCAUUCCUUAUCCGUAAAAUAACGUGACCGCGUCAUCAUUAAAAGUGGUGAUUUGCGCGGCAACCCGCCCAUUUUAUGUGAACGCGCAUCAACUCCGAUGAGGUUAACCUCAGUUCAACAAAUCAACUUCUUACUCAGCGUCGUAGUACCGAUUAACACCAAUGAAGAUAACCAGGUUUUGUCAACCCCGGUUUAGCAAAAUUAACCCUGGGUUACAUCUGGGUAGGUUGAGCUCCCUUCGUACAGGCCCCAGACCUCUGCCAAGGGAAAACAUAACCGCCUCCUGGAUCCAAACGGUGAUACAGAUCACUCCCAAAAUGUAAUAGUUACUUCCUUUCAGACUUUUAAUAAUCAAAAUCCAUCCAUAACGUUUUGAGUUAUCUUGCUAACAAACAGACAGACAGACAAACAAACAAACAGACAAACAGACAGACAAACAAACAGACAAACAGACAGACAAACAAAACGCCGAUGAAAACACAACCUCCUUGGCGGAGGUAAUACGGUUAGUCUUCAGCAGUUUUCAGGAAUGACGGUUGGCUUCACUAUUGACUAGUGGGGGAAAUGUAGGCUAUGUUUGUUAUGAUAUGGGAUGUCACAUAAUAAAUGGAAUAUAUUUUACAA